UUUCACAUAUAGAAAAAUAAAUAUUAAGCCUCAAUAUGAAUAAAAUUAAUGUGGAAGUUGACUGUACAAAACGCUGCAAGUCACGAAGCCAUGGACAAGCUUUGACAAGUGCAAUAACAAAGAGAUCUGUCAAAGAUGAGUCUCUUGCAAGUUUUAUUAAGGCUACAUGUGCUAAUUUUUCCAAGGCUUUUGAUUUUGAGGGCAGAACUGCUCUGCACAUGUCGGCAUCUCGCGGCCGCAAUCGUCUUAUGGAAUGGCUAGUACGACACUCUUCAGAGGCUUUCGUAAACGCUCGUGAUCGUGAGUCAGGGUAUACACCACUGCACCGUAGUAUAUUCUAUGGGCAAAUACACUCUGCUGUCGCCUUGUUGAAGAUUGGAGUAAACACUGACAUAGUAGACAAGGAUGACUACAAAGCUCUCGAGCACGCAAUGCUUGAUCGCCAAUACAUGUAUAAACAUGAAGGGGACCAACCCAGUGACGUUUACGUGUGGGGGAGCAACUCCAACUACACUCUGGCCACGGGCACUCAGCAGCAAAGAAAUGUGCCUGAAAUGCUAAAGUGUUUCAGUCGAACUAAUACUUGUGUUAAACAGGUGUGCCUAGGGAAAUUCCACAGUGUGUGGGUGUGCUCGGGAGUCACAGACGGCGAAGUAUGGUGUUGCGGGCAAACUGCCCGGGCCGGCGGACCACACUCUACAGCUUUGCAGCCAACGUUACUGAAGACCCCAGAGCCUGUUGUCUGCGCUGCGGUCACACUGUCGUCUACUGUUAUGUUGUUACAGAGUGGAACUGUAAUGCAAUACACGUUAAACACAACAGAUAACGUGAGUCAAUCCAGUGCCAAGACACCGUCAAUGAUCAAACUGCCAAACAUUAAGCCUUUGAUGAAACUGUCUCACCCACUCGGAGUAGUAGCCGGUAGAUCACAUGCUGUUGUAUGGAACACAAGAGCUAUUUACACCUGGGGUACAAACUUGGGGCAGUUGGGACAUCCGCAGGAAGACAAAAUUGUACCUGCCCCAAAACGUGUGGCAAUAUCGAUGAAUAACAAAGAAGAAGCUGGCAUCCAGCUGGUAGAUGCGGCAGACGCGGCCACAGUCAUAACUACGAGUCGCGGAGACGUUUAUCUGCUGCAUAAGCAUAUUUGCAAGAAGAUUGCUAUCAAGCAAAUAAAUUUACGCCAAGUAUGUGUGGAGGCUAAGGUGAGCGAGCAAGGCGUGUACUCGAGAGUCACUGUACUUUUGCUAACCAACGUUGGACAGCUACUUAUUUGGCAGGACACAACAAAUCAACUUACAAGAUGUGUAUUCGGCCUAACGCAUCAAACGGUGAUAACCAACGUAACAUUAACCCAUGAUGCUUUAUAUUUCACGACUAAAUACGGUGAAGCGUUCGUUGGCUACAUAUCGCGCAAAGCCCCGCCCACUCAGCCUCAGCCAAUCAGGAGAGAGAAAGAGAAAGAUAACAACAAGUCUGCACUUGUCAAGUUUUUAGAAAAGGACGACUGUACUUCUGUCAAGAUCGCGAGAAUUCCUAACGUACAUAGAGCUGUGGCGAUUGCUGUCGAUAACGAGGGAUUGAAUUUCGCUUGUUUACAGAUAAAACCGACGUGUGGCCUAACGUCUCUACCAGAAUUAUCGUCAUCCAGUAUGGUAAAGGACAUGGAAACUGUCAUGGAAACCGCGUCAGAAGAUGAUACACUGCACGAUUUAGUUUUUAAGGUCGGCCCAAAAUUAUUCCCAGUUCACGCCUACAUAUUAGCCACCCACAGCGAACAUCUAUACAAACUGUACCAGGAAAGGACAUCAGAAAAACCAAUUAUAACAUUGGAAAACGUGCACCCUGAAGUAUUUGAACGAAUCCUAAGGUACAUGUACACUGGCCAAUGUGAUGUUGCGCAAUUGGGACCUUGCACAUUAAAGAUACGCAGGGAAGAUUUUGGAAAGAAAGGGGAAAGGGAAAAUGUCGCUAAUGGUGACAUUGAUUUAGAAUUGAUUGAAAACUCUACAGAAAUAUCAGCUUUCGAAGCGUACAAACAAAAUGAGAAAAAGAAGAAGGGCCGCAACAAACGCAACGUCGAGACGCCUCCGAAGCACCAACACAUAUACUGUGACCCAGUUAAGCUAGUGCAGGCUUCUGCAAAAAGACUACAGGUCAUGGCGUUGCAUAAAUUGCUGGAUAAAUUCUAUUACAGAGACGGUACGAUAUGUCUAAAAGACAGUGCGACAUUCACAAAGACGACUCCACCAUCGUGGGAUAGAGAAACGCACCCUGAAUUAGUUGACACUAAUGUGUGUUCCAAAGAUGGUCACCUUAUACCAGCACAUAAGUGCAUUUUGACUGCACGGUUGGAAUAUUUCCAAGGGAUGUUCAUGCAUUCUUGGACUGAGAGCACAUUAUUAUCUAAAGUCACGCUACCCAUUAACCAUGGAAUAUUAGUACCUAUUAUAAACUUUUUAUAUUCCGAUUGCUGCCCAGAAGUGGAGAAUUCAGACAGUAUUGAUUUCUUAUGCAGCAUGCUUAUUGUAGCAGAUCAACUGUUUAUUGGGAGACUUAGAGAAAUGUGUGAAGUAGCUCUAGCAAACUUAAUUACAUUGAGAAACUGCUCAGAGCUAUGCCAAUUCGCACACACAUAUAAUGCUGUACAGUUAAAACAGUGUUGCAUGGAAUAUAUCUCUUUGAACUUAUGCAGUAUACUGGAAAGCAAGUCUUUAGAUCCUUUGGAACAUAUUCUUUUAGAGGACAUUACAAAAUAUUAUUGCAAAUUUAACCCUAUAAUGUCCUCUCGAAUUAUUACGCCGUUUUACAACGCCCCUACCGAUGAACUUAUAGAAGAAUUGUCAAAGAAUUACCCAGUUGAUUUAGGGGUCACAGACGAAGAUUUUAAAAAGGACGAAAGUAUUGAAGUCAAUAAAAAGAAACGUCAGAAGAAGAUUGAAUAUACAGAAAGUGAAAAAGCUAGAAUGAGAUACGAAUCUGUAAGUUCUGUGAACUCCUUGGAUCUCUCCAAUGACACUUCCGGAGAUAUAACAUUAUCAUUACGUAAAAUUAGUAAGGAAACUGAGAAAGAAGCAAAAGAAAAACAAGGCAAGUGGAUAGAAGUUCCAUCGGCUCUACAAAAGCAACAAAAAGUUGUUCAAGCAAGACUCAAAGCUGUAAACAGUGCUAAAGACAUAUUAAAUGAAACCCCCAUGGAAUCUUUUGUGAAACUGUCGAAAAACAACUCUACUAGUACCAUUUAUGACAAUGCCACUACUUCUAGAAUGACUGUAUCCCCGAAAAAUUGUGACUUAACUACAGGUGAUCUGCCUAAGUCGCCCCAAGGGAACUUUCUUAUAAGCCAUGUUGGACCAAAGUUGUCUCAAAAACAACGCAAAAAGUUAGCUAUGCAAGGCGAUGCCACUCCUCAGAGUUUGGAUAACUAUAUGGCUAAUAAACUAAAUAUUGAAAGUCCCCCAGAAAAGGUAAGAAAUCCGUGGAAGAUUUGCGAAGUACCCAUGGCCAGUAGUAGUCCGAAAGCAGCGAAAGCCAUGCAAUUUAAUGAGAUUUUAGCUGAUCAAAAGAAACAGAAGGAUGAUUUCUCGAGAAUCAUGACCAAGCCGCUGUAUUUGACGCAGUUGGAAGACAAAGCCAUAGAAGAACUAGAAAGGUUCUACAACAUUCAUAGUGUGGAUGACGAGUGGAUAACUGUGCGCCGUAUUGAACUGCAGGUGUCUUCGCCACAAUGGAUCCAUACUGCGCCUAAAUGAUAUUUGUCUUAUGCUAUUUUAACAUUUAUACUUAGUAUGUAAUUUUCCAUUGUGAUUUGAUGAUUUUAAUUAAAAACAUUAA